GUCAAAUCUACUCUGCGUGUCUCCCACACGUUGGCUUGGGUGUGUCCACGCAUUCUAUCUGUACUCACUCUUCCUACUCCAGGCAUGUUUCACUCCCUAUCAGCCCUGCAGGAGAAGUGAAAACUUGAGUAGACAUUUUGAUUGGUAGAGAUGAGACCUCAGUCCUCCAAUGAAUCACGCAUUUGGAAAUACAGUGCCAGCAACCUUAGCUGACAUGCAUGACUAAGUGGUGGAGUCAUAUUUAAAUGAAACUACUACAAGGAAAUUGUUGCCCUUUUUUUUUUUUUUUUGCACAAAUGUUCCCUGUGACGUGGUUACUCGCGGAUCUACACCAAGCAAGACGGACUGACAUCGUUUUAAAAUGGAACAGGAUUCCAUCAACAUACAGUUUCAGAGGAACGACAGAGAAGUCACCGAGUUACGGCAUCAGAUUUAUCCCAAGACUGAAUUAAUGUCCCUCAGUCCUGCUGACCAGGGGGGUCUAUCUCGGACUGCCUCCCCCACCGGAGAUGAAGACCAGCUGAACAGCUCUGAUCAGGCUGGGACUGCAGGGAAAACUACUCAUGUGGACCAGGUGUUGCCACUUGUGGAUGAAAGCUCUCCCGGUUCGACGUCUUCCUUCGAAAUGCUCGACGUGGAGCCUGUCCGGCCUCCUUACCAAAAAGUGCAGCCUCAUUGGUUCUUCUACAAACAGAGCGAUGACAAUGUACUCUGGCUCCCUUUUAGCAAAGAAGACUCCGACAAAUUAGAGACUGCCGACAACGCAAGAGGAAACGAGGAGGUGGUUGUUGCUGUGGAGGGUGAGCGCUAUGACGUACAUGUCAAGGAGAGGAAGUGCUAUCCCGUAUACUGGGAACAAGCUCCCUUCGAAGUUCGCCGCUGCACGUGGUUCUACAAGGGAGAUAAAGACAUCAGGUUCAUGCCAUACUCGGAAGACUUCAGCAACAGUCUGGAGGAUGCCUACAUGAUCGCCGUCACAUUAGAUGAGUGGAAAAGGAAGCUGGACUUUCCCACGGGAGAGACGGUCAUUUUGCACAAUCCCAAGCUGAUAAUGCACUACCAGCCAUUUGGAUUUCAGGAAGACUGGGUCUCCUCGCCAUCCGAGAACACCCGUCCUAGAACAGUCAAACGUGGCAUAAACAACAUCCCUGUAGAAAUACCUGAUGGUGAACCAGAAAAGGUGGACCAUCUUGUUUUUAUGGUCCACGGCAUCGGUCCUGCAUGUGACUUGCGCUUCAGAUCCAUUAUACAGUGUGUGAAUGACUUCCGCAGUGUGGCGCUGUCUUUGUUGUCUUCUCAUUACAAAAAUGCUCAGUCUGAGGGCAAGGUUGGAAAAGUGGAGUUCCUCCCGGUGAACUGGCACAGCGCUUUACAUGGAGAUGCCACUGGCGUGGAUGAGGACAUCCAUCGGAUCACUCUGCCCAGCAUCAGCAGACUGAGACACUUCACCAACGACACCCUGCUGGACUUGUUUUUCUAUAACAGUCCCACGUACUGCCAGACCAUCGUGGACACAGUCGCCUCGGAGAUUAACAGGCUGCACGCGCUCUUUAAAAAGAGACACCCCAAGUUCGAGGGAGAGAUUUCUGUCGUGGGUCAUAGCCUCGGUUCAUUGAUACUGUUUGAUAUGCUAACCAACCAGAGAACUGGUUCAGAAUCUGCAAGAGAAAAGGUACUGUCUGAUGACCUUUGUGAUCCGGAAAAUGAUACACUAGAACAGAUUCUCACCCGACUGGGGCUGCAGCAAUACACACCCACAUUCAAAGCAGAAAAUCUGGACCUGGAGUCACUGGCUCUUUGCCAAGAAAAUGAUCUCAAAGAUUUAGGAAUUCCUCUUGGACCACGGAAGAAGAUCCUGAAAUAUGUCAGGAGAAAAUGUCUUUCAGAGGAUAACAAAGCUGAAGGUUUGGCUUCAGUGCUCCAAGGUUCACUUGGCAGUGGGGACAACGGUAACCAGUCUGCAGGAUCCGCAGUCAAAAAGGGCCAGUUCCACAGAACAGAGUCCAUCACCAGCGCUGUAGAUUAUGAAUAUUUCAACAUGGGUGUCGGACAGACCAGUGGAAGCAUAGCCAAGGGACAGGUAUCCAUCGACUACCCGCAGCUAGCGUUCCAGCCGCAGACCUUUUUUGCGUUUGGAUCCCCCAUUGGAAUGUUCCUAACUGUCCGUGGACUGAAACGAAUCGAUGUCAACUACAGCUUCCCGACCUGCAAGAGAUUUUAUAACAUCUAUCACCCGUUUGAUCCUGUAGCUUACCGGAUUGAACCCAUGAUUGUUCCAGAUGUUGAUCUGGAACCAAUGCUAAUUCCACACCACAAAGGCCGUAAGAGGAUGCACUUGGAACUGAAGGACAGCUUCACCCGCAUGAGCAUUGAUUUGAAAAAUAAUGUCCUGGGAUCCUUGCGGACAGCUUGGCUGUCACUUUCCAGACUACCGGUGGCUGCGCUGCCCCCGGUGGAUGAAGGAAAAACUACAACAGAGGGAACUCUUCAGGAGACACGAGCGUUGGCUGGAGUCUGUGCUUCUGCUCAGAGGGAAGAAAAAAGUGGUGACUUUUGGACAAAAAUAUUGGAGUGGCCCAGGGCCCUUCAUAGGCAAUACUUCCAAGGCGAGAGCGAGGAGGCGGAAUCGUCAGUAUCGACGGAGCAGCGGGAGCAGGCCGAGCAAGGGCAAAUAAAAGUGGGCAUGUUAAAUGAAGGGCGGCGGAUCGACUACGUGCUUCAGGAAAAACCUAUAGAAAGCUUCAACGAAUAUUUGUUUGCCAUUCAAUCCCAUCUUUGCUAUUGGGAAUCCGAGGAUGCUGCCCUGCUGCUGCUGAAGGAGAUCUACGACAAACUGGAUGUGCCCUUGGAUUAGACCCAACUGUAAUUUCAUUUUUCUCAAUAAACCCCACUUCGGUAACCCGAGAGCAGGAACACGAAGGACAAAGUUACACAAGGUCGCGAAAUCCUCCUCUGCCUCUGAGAGUUAAGUCUCUUUUGGUCACGUGAUCUCUGAUCAGUCAAUAUUCCGUUUUGUGUCACGACUCGGGUCGGUGUCCACGUAUUGAUUCCCCUGUCAUGUUACACGUUGCACUUUUCUCGCCUGUUUUGCUUACCGUGCACUUUCACUCUUAGCAUAUCAUGCGCACAACUGUUUCAAAAUAUUCUGUAAGAUUUUAUAUUAUAAUGACUACAGGUUCAGUAUAAAAAAAAAACAAAACGCUUGUUUGUUGUUGCUUAAACGGGAUUUAUAAAAGGAGUUCCAGGUAGCGCUCCCUGUUGCUAUUAGCUUUUUACAAAGCAAUUAAUUUUGUUCUGACUGACUGAAAUGCAUUUUUGUGUAUUCGGCAAGGUGCAGGGUUGCUGUGUCUGUUCCAGAAUUCUCUUUCCGCUCACCAAAGAAACCAAAAGCUGCUGUAUUUUUAAUGUGCAAUUUCGUAAAAAAAAAAAAAAAAAAAGCAGAAGUAUCCUGAUUUUCAUUUGUUUAUUCUUUUAUUUUAAUUUAUUGAUAUUCACACGUGUAUGUGCCCUUAACAUAUAACAGUAUAUAAUAUCAAGAGUGGCGUACAAAUUUGCUAAACUCAGUUUGAUCAUGUCGAGGGCCAAAUUGUUUUUCUGCUGUCCUUUGUAUCAAGGGAUUUAAAAAAAAAAAAGAAUUUUCCUCUGUGUAUUCAAUUUACAGAACUGUUACAUUUGAGCAUCUCAACGUUACACUUGCAAUUUACAAACGUUUCACAAAUAUGUGCAGGUGUCGCCAGAAAAAUGUAGAUAUAGAUGAGUUUAACACUGUAAGCAGAAUUUUAUGAUGAUUAAAAGUGUGUUUUUAUUCAUAUCCAGAAGUUCUUGUUCAUCCUCUACCAACCACCUUAUUAACUAAGCUUUUUAUUUUAACCAUAUUGGUGAAACGUUUAUCUCGAGAGUGUUCAUCUAUUUGUGUUAAACAAUAUUCUGCACUCUCCAAAGAUGCACUGGUCAUGGAUUAUGUUAUAUGAUAUACAAUGCAUACUUGAUGACAAUGUGGUGAUGCGCACAAAAAUAUUGGCUCAUUAUACCUCUAUUGUUUGGCACAAUAAAACAAUGUCUUGUAUUCCACA